ACAAAUUGUUCUAGAAGGUAGAAAAGGGAGCCAGGUCACUGUACGGGAGAUUCCAUCCCUUGAACUCGGUAUACAAGCCCUGACUAGCCUUAUCCGAUUAUGUUUUAUGAAUACAAAUUCCAGAAUUCUCUCCUAGCGCUCUCUCUCUGGUCUUCUAAAUUCCCCCUAUACUCCUAAAUACCCCUUCCAUUUCAUCUAAAUCUCACCAUAACAGUGAGAAUCCCAUUGCCAGACUCAGAGGUCUGACAAUAUUGGUAUCAGAGCACCAUCCUCGGCCGUCAAGCUUCCAGCGACUUCAACGUAUGGCGGACGGAACAAGAAUGAGGAAUUUUGAGACCCAGCUGCAGCAGGUCGGCAACGGUAGCCGUUCGGCACGACCGUCGACGACCUGCAAGGCAGAGUAGAACGGGUGGAGGUUGGGUCCAACCGGAAUCAUAAGGCGAUCACUUUGCUGGACCGGAAACUGGAAAAUUCAAUGAGUGGAUUGGAGAGGAAGCUGGAUGUGGCGAUCACCCAGAUGCGAUUGAGGUCAAAAAUCAUAUUUGGGAGGAGAAGUCAGAAAUCAUAUUUGGGAGCAACUACAAAGCUUCAUGGUGAUGUUCGCAGGUCAAAAUUCGGUAAGACUCUCCCCUAACGUCCCUCCUAGGGAGAGGUCCGAGCCAAUAUUACUGGGGUUUGGGGAGACCCAUCAUGCUGCCGGGACGUCAGAGUUGGGGGAAGAACCGGCAGUGAAUGGGGAGGAUAUGUUUGAAGGGGAGCAGGGAGUUCGGGUUGCCCAAAAUCAGUCCCCUUUUCCUCUACCAAAAAUGGAGAUUCCCCAGUUUGAUGGUAUUAGCCCAAUGUCAGAUCCUGAAUCUGACUGUGAGAAUUCUCAAUAAUUAAGAGAGAAACUUGCAGGAAUUAAGAAGGAAGGUAGAGUCGAGAAUUGGGAGGGAAAAGUUAGAGAGAAAGAGAGAGAAUGAAAGAGAGCUUGAGAGGGAAAUAGUACUGAUUCAAAUAUCCAAAAGUGAUUAUAAUUGAGCUGAAGCAGGGUAGUUAUACUGCUCAGCUGGGGAACAGGUGCCAAAACGGUUGCCCAAGUCCCUUCUAGAAUCAGCAACUUGCCCUACCCACUUGUAGACAGUUAGCUUUGCCACACAUGCUGCCAGCAAGCUCAAUCCUCCCCUAAUCAACGAAAUAGCUACGACUAUAGCUACUAAUUAUUAUAAUGUAUUCAAUGUAGCAGCAAGGUACAUGACACCCGAGAUGGUGGAUUGGGAGGUGUGAAAGAAUGUUUAGUUUGUACAAUAUACAAGAGCAGCAGAAGGUGAAUAUGGCUGCCGCAUACCUCAACGAUAUUGGGGAAUGCUUGGUUUCAGGGUUGGUUGAGGGUUAAGGAGAACUAUCAAUGGGCUGAAUUCGUGGAGGAUUUAUGUGAGAGGUUUGGUGAUGGUAAUAUGACGGAUAUAAUCGAGGAAAUAAGUUAGAGAAGGGGGGAAAAGUACAGGACUAUCAAUUGAGGUUUGAAGAGUUGAAAUCGCUGAUGAUUAAUCACAACCCCCAUCUAACUGAGGCUUAUUUCGUCUCAAGGUUCAUUAGCGGCUUGAGCGAUGAAUUAAGGCCCAUGGUUAAGAUGCUACAGCCAAGAACCAUUAAGCAAGCAGCUGAAAGUGCUAAGUUGCAAGAAUUAACAGUGGAGGCCCUAAUGAAAAAACAGAGGCUGCAGGCGAGGGGGAUAAAUUUGAUGGUCAACAGCAAGAAGGGAAAGGAUUUAACCAGGAAUUCACUAAAUUUAACCCAGGUUCGAGAGGUUGGACAGCUCCAACAGCUGUUAACCCCAGGCAGUCACAUGGGGGAAGACUGAUGGAGCAGAGGAGGCAAGCUGGGUUAUGCUUCCGGUGUGGAGAAAAAUAUUCCCCAGGGCACGUUUGCAGGAAACAGCUACUUUGGCUGGAGGGGGAGGAAGAUGAGAUAGAAACUAAAGAAGGAAUGCCUGUAUUUCAAGGGAAAUCUGAAACCGAGGAUAACGGGGAAAUUUCGCUGCAUGCACUGAAAGGGCUGGCCAACAGUAAGAUAAUUAAGGUAGAGGGGAGGAUACCAGACUGCAAACUGAUGGCCUUAAUUGAUAGUGAGAGUACCCACAGCUUUUUGGAUGAAGGUACAGCAAAGAGAGGUCGACCAGCACUCAUCCCCUUUCCAUAACCAUGGAUAAUGGCAACCAGGUAGUCAGCAAAUCUGCAUGCGUUGGGUUUUGUUGGAAGAUGCAAGGAGAAGAGUUCGAGGCUGAUUUAAGACUGUUAAAGCUAGGGGGAUGUGACAUAGUGUUGGGAGUGGACUGGAUGAAGAACGUGAGCCCUAUAAUUUUCGAUUUCAACAAGAUGGAGGUGAUGUUCAAAAAGGAUGGCAAGAAAAUGACACUGACAGCCAGCUUGGAAACAGGUACAUGCAAGAUGAUCACGGGGAAGAGAUUGCAGAAAAUACUCAAGAACAAGCUGUCCCUGGUGGCACAGCUGUUCUCUAUUCAAGCCGCGGAGUGUUUGGAGGAAGAUAACAAGCCAAGGAGAGAGCUCAUGUUAACAGUCAACAGCCCAUUACAACCCAACUUAAAGCUUCUGUACAGCAAGGCCAAUGGCAUGAGGACACUAAUGAAGAACAAAGCUGAACUUUAAGAUGAAUCCUAUUGAAAUAUAUCAAGCUGUGCAGGACAAUGAAUUGAGUUCUAGGAACUUCCAUUCUCUAUUGCAUACCAAGGCAGGCAUUAAUUCAUUACAAUACAAAAUAGGAAGGUGAGGCCCAGUGGAGGAUAUAAACAACACUAAUUGAAUCUUAGGAUAGACAUUGCCUUGUUUGAUCCCUAGAUUCUCGGUCCAAGGCUAGGCACACUCUGAAUUCUACCAUAAGAAAGGACCAAGUGGACUCGGUAAACAGGAAGCCAGCUUCCUGCAUAGUAAAUAUGUGGGAUGAUGAAAUAAUGUACCCAACUCUACAAGCUAUUAUCAGAAUGCAUUUGUAUUGUCAGUUUUUUCCUCCCUUCUGUGGUACAUCAUCAGGAGAAAGAGGGAGAAUUAUUUCCGUUAAACAUGGAAAACUUAUUUGCCCUACAUUUCUUUUGUUUACUUAAGAUUUUAAGGCCAGAUUGGAGUUAACGGACUACCAAUUAACAAACAUAAUUUUUGCUAAUUGAUCUGCAUGGAAGAUUAAUCACUUCUAGGGCAGCAGGAGGCCCCCAGGUUAUUUCAUCAGAGAAGAAUUAAGAUUGCUUACAGAGAGGACUCAAACCUCCAAAUCUGUUUAGAGGAAAGAAGAACAAAAGGAGACAGCCACACAAGCAUUUGCGAACUUAAUAACUAGAAGAGUCUUCAGUUUAUUUUAUUCUUUUUGGCAACAAUUAAAACUAAAUCUAACCAUUUUUUACAUUAUUAUUCAUCAAGUAAAAAGCAUAAGAAAAUUUUAGGAGGCUUGAUGGAUAAACCUAGAUAG